GUGGCUGAGCUUAAAAGGCGAGGGAUCGCUGUCUGCAAGAUUUUUCCUCGACAGAUCCUGCCGCAGUCCCUUCCCUCCUACUCUGCCUGCUUCUGUUGGCGUCACCUCUGCCAGCUUCUCUUCGGUUUCCUGCGCCUGCCGCCUCCAGGUCCCGAGCUGCUGCCUGCCUUCUCCGACCCCUGCCACGAGGUAACGCGUCCCGGACCGAGCCCCUGUGGGUGUGGCCCGGGCUCGCUUGCGCCCGGUCGCCCUGUCGCCACACUUUGGUUUCCUCCCACGCCCACCUCCGCAUUUUGGCCUCCUCCCGCAGCCCCUAUAACUCCCUACCCCCCAAGUGCCCGGCACUCAAAGCCCUGGGAACUUAUCACAAUGUCAGAGGCGGCGGGAAAUCUCAAUAGCCUCCGCUUGGCGAAUGUGGCCCUGAGAGAGGAGUUAAAUGCCCUUCGAGGAGAGAAUGUCCAACUGGGCCUGCAGCUCCGAAGAGCCUUGGCCGAGGUUAAUUCCUUGCGGGGCAAUGUCUCAAGCUAUGUCCGCUGGCCAAUGCCCAUAGUGCCGGUCCUUGCCGAGGAGAACUUUGAGUUUCUGCUCAAUGAGACCGAUCCCACUCCCGAGGAGGAGGAGGAGGAGGAGGAGGAGGAAGAGGAGGAGGAGGUGCCUUUCCUGUGCUGGCCUCCUCCACGCACAGAUCCCGAGUACGUCUCAGAUGAUCUUUUGAUUAAUGUGGUCCAGGACUAUACCAACCCCGACGGGUCCAGCGACCCUCCUCUGUCACCCAGCUUGUCCCAGCCAGAACUGCACUCCCCCAUGUCAAAGGAGCCAACCAUAGAGUUCAUUCUGUCACCUCUGGAGAGGCCAGACAUAGAACCCUUUUCAGGCGACCCAGUCUACCUGGCUGAAUUUCUGAUGCAGCUAGAGACUUUCAUAGCAGAUCACGAGGAACACUUCCCUGGGGGAGCAGAUCGGGUGGCCUUUCUGAUCUCCUUUUUCACAGGAGAAGCGAGAGAAUGGGCUAUCUCAGUCACCCAGGAAGGCAGCUCCUUGCAUGCCAACUUCCCGCGCUUCCUGGAUGAAAUCCGUAAGGAAUUCUGUGGUCCCAUCCCCUCACGCGUGGCUAAAAAGGCCAUACGCAAGCUCAAGCAGGGAAACUGUACCCUGGGCAGCUAUGCAGAUGCUUUUCAGUUUUUGGCCCAGUUCUUGUCUUGGGAUGAUUGUCGCCUCCAAAACCAAUUUCUCAAAGGCUUGUCAGAGUUUUACCGAAAGGAGCUCCUAUGGUCAACUGAAAUGGCAGACCUGGAUGAGCUGAUUCUGGAGUGUAUUGAGAUUGAAAGGAAAGUGCGUGUUCCCAAGCCAGCUUCACUCCCUGGGGUUCAAAAUAGCUGCUGCCCUUUUACACUAAUUUCUAACGAGGAUGAGAACGAAGGUGUGGCGUUCUACAGUGAAAAUGAGGGUGACAGUGAGGAGGCAGGCGGGCACGAGCUUUAUCUAAAGGACCACAGGAAGCACAUGAAGGCUUUCCCAGAAGAGAUGAGGGAGGAAGAGGAGGACAUGAGGAAGGAGGAAGAAGAGAUGGAGGAUGAAGAAGAUGAGGAUGAGGAUUAUGAAGAUGAUGAGGAGGAUGAAGAUGAGGAGGAGGAUGAGGAAGAGGAAGAGGAGGAGGAGGAGGAAGAUAAGGAGGAGGAAAUGAUGAAGAAUGAGGAUAGUGAUGAAAAUAAAUAUGAAGAAGAUGAUGAAGUUAUAGUUAGGGUCUGGAUUCAGAACAGAACAGAGAGGAGAGAUGAAGGCAGGCAUGUGUAUGUGCAGGCACAUGCAUGUGCACACAUGCACUUGCUGCCCGCCCACCAUGGCCUACAUGGAGAGCUGAUGUUGAUGGAUGACCCUGACCUUGUUGACACUUCAACCCAGACCAUUAGCUCUGCAAUAGGCUACCAUGCUGAAAAUUACCUGGGUGUGUCACCACCCAUUAUGCCUUCUGGCAGACAGAGGAACCAGAAUCGAGUCCCACUUCUGGAGGGCCUUGCAGGCACCAAUUCUUCCUUCUACAGCUCACCACCACUGAUUCGCCAUGCAGGCCGCUUGGGGCAUCGCCAGAUGCAGGCGUCCCUCAGUGCUCUUCCUCUCUCUCCUAGGCAGGGGGAGCACCGUGCCACUCAAAAUUAG